ACGCAAGCACUGGAUCAUCGCCACCUCCUUCAAAUCCAUUAUCCUCACCCCUACCGCGUCACAGAAUCAGAGAGUCACGGAGUCACAGACAGAAAGCAAACGAUCCAAUGGAGCUUGCAGUUCCCUGCAAUUCCUGCAAUUGGAUUCACCGGAAACCGGAUUUCUACCGGAAAACGAUGCCGCUGAAGAGCAGAACUUUUCCCUUCAACGCCUCAAAAUGCCGCCGCAAAACGACGUCGGAACUCCAAUCGACGGUCGGAGUUACCGGCUCAGCCGGUGGCAGCUACUCCCCUGCGAAUACCAUUCCGACUCACAAGGUCACCGUUCACGACAGACAGAGAGGAGUCGUUCACGAGUUCCUCGUUCCGGAGGACCAAUAUAUAUUGCAUACGGCUGAGGCUCAGAACAUCUCUCUUCCAUUUGCUUGCAGGCACGGUUGUUGUACCAGCUGUGCCGUACGUGUAAAGUCUGGACAACUUAGACAGCCUGAAGCCCUGGGAAUAUCGGCUGAAUUGAAAGAGAAGGGUUAUGCACUUCUUUGCGUAGGUUUUCCGUCGUCAGAUCUCGAAGUGGAAACACAAGAUGAGGAUGAGGUUUAUUGGCUUCAAUUUGGAAGAUAUUUUGCGAGAGGACCUAUUGAUAGAGACGACUAUGCAUUGGAGUUAGCUAUGGCUGAUGAGUAAGCAAGAUAGAGAAAUGAUUCGGGAGUCGGGGAUCUCUACGGAACGAAUGUGCAGAUUUUAUUUUUUUCUGUCUCAUUUUCCUGUGCUUCUUUACCCUCUUUUGCUAAUCACAUAUGAUAUAUUUAGUUGACCAGUAAAGGUUAAAUAA